CACACACACACACACACACACACACACACACACACUUCAGCAGGUGAAGAGUUCGGGGCUGCCUCCUCCUCCCCCGCCCCUCCUCCUCUCGGGACCCUAUAAAGGGGAAAGGGGCUCGCUCAGAGCAGUACAUUGGCAGCGCGCGAGUUUCAGUGGAGUGCGCAGCUGUCUAGCAGGAGGUAAAGAAAAAAAAAAAACAACAGUGUUCUACUUUUUUCUCUCUUUUCUUUUUUUUUCCAACCGCUUCCCAGCGAACCACAGAGACCUGCCCUAAUCAGGAUAUCCCCCUUGUUUUGCGCGUGGCUGAACCGACCCGUUUUACUCCCAAGGAGAGGAGUGAAAGAGAAGGAACGGUAACUGCCAACUAACAUAUCUCAAGCAGCAGCAGAGCAGGGCUCGAGACUGUUGUCCGUGGCAGGGAUGGAGACCGUCGGCGGCACUCUCGUGCUGUGCUGGGUGAUGAUGAGCUGCGCGUGGAUGCCGGUGGGUUUAUGCUCGCGCCUGAAGUCUCCUGCGCUUCCUAUACAAUCGGAGCGCGAGCCGGUUCCUUCGAAAGGACUGUCGGGCUGCUCGUUCGGCGGACGAUUCUACUCUCUGGAGGACACAUGGCACCCAGACCUGGGGGAGCCCUUUGGAAUCAUGCACUGUGUGAAGUGCUACUGCGAGCCGCAAAGGAGUAAGAGGAAGGUGUUUGGGAAGGUGAGCUGCAGGAACAUCAAGCAGGACUGUCCUGAAGCCAAGUGUGUGGAGCCAGUGCUGCAGCCUGGACACUGCUGCAAGACCUGCCCCGAUGGGGACUCAGACAGACAGCCCCUGGAGUCUCUGUUUGAUGGCUAUGAGUAUCUUCAGGAGAAGGAGGGAGGCGACCUGCACAAGUCCUACAACGACCGCUCCUACCUCAGCGCCGAGGCCUCCAGCCCCACAGACACCCGCACAGGUAGCUUGUCUCUGAGCUCGUAG